GUGAUUGAUCACAUACAGAAGACGUUUGAAGAAUUGGGAACCCCCAACAAAAUGAAAGUGUACAUGGGCCACGGAGCCAAAGCCUGGGUGUGUGACUUCAACCACCCACACUACAUGGCUGGUAGAAAGGCCAUGAAGACGGUCUUUGGCGUAGAGCCGGACCUGACUCGUGAAGGAGGUAGCAUCCCCGUCACCCUGACCUUCCAGGAGGCCACGGGUCGGAACGUCAUGCUGCUUCCUGUAGGAUCCUGCGACGAUGGCGCUCACUCCCAGAAUGAAAAGAUCAACAGAUCAAACUACAUUCAGGGAACCAAGAUGCUGGCUGCGUACUUCCAUGAGGUUUCACAGCUGGAAUGAACUGAUGUCUAAUCAUGAAAAAAAAAAACAAAUAAAUAAAAAAAUCCAUCCUCAUUAUCAAAACUGGAACGUUUUUACAUUCCACCUGUCUCACUUUUAUAGGCACUACUGAUAAUAAAGUGAUUUUGUUACACUG